CGUGGCAUAAGCAAGCGGAUCGAGGGACCGAGGGCUCGUCUAAGUUCACGGAGGCAGCAUAAUACGUUUGGAUGGCUGAAAAUGAACUGUCAUCUUGACCGAGAGGCUUUGUAUUCAACCAAACUCGUUUCUUGACCGUGCACGUGCGUAUUGCCGCGGGAUUGCGAAUACGGAAAGCGUAGCCGAGACGCGCUUGUAUGGGCGCUUGACGCGCCGGUCAGAGAACGGGUUUAGCGAGCCGUCUGUGCCUAGUGCGAGUGCCUCCGCCCGCCGCUGAUUUACCUGGACAGGCGGCGAGGAAAGGAAAGCUCCAAGGUUGCAGAAACAUUUGGCCCCUGAACUCGCGCGGAGCGUGUCUCGUCGUCUUUUCCGUGCUGCGUCGGUGUUGUGGGCAGGGUUGUGUCGUCCCCUGUGCUUGCUUCUGGAUACCGAAAAACAACUCAGCUGUCAUCCGUUCAAAAUGCUCCGGAAUGAUUCUACGCCGGCGGAUUUCACGUGAUCCUCGAAUGAGCUAGUGGAGAGAGGCGUGGAGUGUGCGUCUGUGGCCUGCCCUUCGUGUACGACGCUGCGUUGCGAGCGGACGAAAACGGAGAGCCCGUGAAGUGUUCCCGUGUCCCCACUUUGCGCCGUCGCAACGUUGGGACAGUUCGUCGCCGAAAUUGAGCGAAGAUGGCCGAAGCCAGGAAUGCCGUGGCCGGUCUGCGCAUCCGAGAAAUCGACGAUGAACGCAAUUCGGCGGCGGUUAUGUUUCGAGUGUGGUUGAAGACGGCCAUUCGGAAAUACCACCGCAUCAGGAACUCCAUCAGCAAUGGCAUGUGGCCCACAUCAGUACAGAACAUAGGGAUUCUUUGCGUGAUCGUUUUCCUGUUCAUGCUUUCGGAAAUUGAUGUGGCAGAGUCCAUCAAAGAGUUCUUUUGGGACGCUGGAGACACAUUGCAUGUGCCUCACGUUGUACAAGUAAUGCAGCAUAAUUUGGCUUCAACACUGAUUCUGAAUUAUGCACUCCCAUCCACGGUUCGAGCUGUCAUUGUCGCCUGUUUCAUCAGCAUUGUCCUCUCGGUUAUCUUUAUGAAAGUUCGCCAGAUUAUUCUUCGUGGCCUUCUUGCAUACAGAGGAUGGAUGUACGAAGCCCGCAAGCCCGGCGAGAAGUACCUGACUCUCAUGUGGUGCAUGGCGGUGAGGGUGGUGAGCGGCUACCAGCCGUCACUGUACAGCUGCCAGCGGUGCCUGCCCAGGCUGCCCGUGCCUCCGCUUCACGACACUAUAGUGCGGUUGCUGGACUCUCUCAAGGCCGUCUGCACCGAGGACGAGAUGAAGGUCCUCUCCGAGCAGGCUGAGAAAUUUGAGAAGACCUUAGGACCAACCUUGCAACGACUGCUUUACUUGCGGUCAUGGUAUGCAAGCAACUACGUCACUGAUUGGUGGGAGAAGUACAUCUACCUAAGUAGUCGAAGUUCUCUUGCUGUGAACAGCAACUACUACUGCUUUGACCAGAGUUACUAUCAUCCAUCAGACAUCCAGUCUUCUAGGACUGCAGUCAUCAUUCACAACUGUCUAGUCUUCAAGCGCCUGAUUGACCGAGAAGAACUACAGCCAUUGGUUCUUCGUGGUACAGUUCCCAUCUGCAUGUCACAGUACGAGCGACUUUUUUCUACCACAAGAGUUCCUGGCAUAGAUGUUGACGAGAUCUGCCAUUUCUGCACAAGUGAAUCGAAACAUGUCAUCCUGCAACACAAGGGCAUGUUCUACAAGCUGGAAGUCUAUGAUUCAACAAAUCAGAUACUCUUCCCUACAACCCUCGAACACCAGAUUGAAUGGAUCAUGAAGGAUGCCGAGCAGCACACCCCCACGGAAGCUGAGACAUCUCUGGCAGCCCUGACAUCUCUUGACAGGCCGACCUGGGCUCGUAUCAGGAACAAGUACUUCCUCGCUGGCGUCAACAAGGAAAGCCUGGAUGCCAUUGAGAAAGCCACAUUUUUUGUGAGCAUGAACGACCUCGAGCCGUCAGGGCUCAACGAGAGGGGCAAGUACCUGCUGCAUGGCGACGGGAAAAGCAUCUGGUUCGACAAGUCGCUCAAUGUCCAGGUCUUCAAGAAUGCGCAUGCGGGCAUGAACUGUGAGCACAGCAUGGCCGACGCCCCUGCCAUGGCGCACAUGUGGGAGUACGCUCUCACCAGGGAGGUUCUGGAGAAAGUGUAUGACGAGUCUGGCCGUUGCAUGCCGCCCGGCAAGAAGCUCAAGCAGGGCUCGAUCCGGAGGCCCCAGCGGCUGGUCUGGGAUAUUUCGCCAGAGCUCGAGGGGGAGAUUGCCGGUGCACUUGCUAAUGCACAAAAGAACAACGAGGACCUCGACCUUUAUGUGAGAGACCACGACUCCUGGGGGAAAGGAGUCAUCAAAAAGUGCAAAGUUUCCCCGGAUGCCUUCAUCCAGAUGGCCCUGCAGCUGACUUACUACAAGGAGAACAAGAAGUUUGUCCAGACCUACGAGGCCAGCAUGACUCGACUCUACUUAAAUGGGCGAACGGAGACUGUGCGGUCGUGCACUCUGGAGGCGGUGGACUUCGUCAAAGCCAUGGUGGAGAACAGCGUCAGCAACGAAGAGAAGAUCCGGCUGCUGAGGCGUGCAGCCAACAAGCACCAAAUGCUGUACAGAGAUGCCAUGAGUGGGAAGGGUGUGGACAGGCACCUCUUUGCCCUCUUCGUCGCCUGCAAGGGCCUCAAAUACGAGAGCGAGUUUCUGACCAAUGCCAUCAUGCGUCCCUGGACGCUCUCCACGAGCCAGACUCCGCACACACAGCUGGACUAUUCUCCGGAUGCUGAUCUGGAGGUGUUUACAAACAAGAUUUGUCCCGGAGGUGGCUUUGGCCCUGUGUCGGACGACGGCUAUGGAGUUUCGUACAUCAUUCCAAACAACUCCAAGAUAUUCUUCCAUGUCUCUUCCAAAAAGUCGUGCCCAAACACAAACUCUGAAAGGUUUGUGAAGACUCUGGAUGAAAGCAUGAACGAGAUGAAAGUCCUCUUUAGCUUCUAGCCAAGGCGCUUGUUAGUUUCGAAACAGCUCGCCGAAUCCGACAACGACCACUUGUGUGGAAACUCCAACACUUGCAGCACUGCUCGAAGUUUAACACCGAUCGUAUUGUCGGCAAAACGAAAUUGCGAUUUCGAUGUCUCGCACAGUUUCUCAUCAACAGUGUUGGGUAUUUACUUUUAUGUCUAUUGACUCUGCUAAGAAUCGUUUUCUGAUGAUGCACGCUCUUUGGUAGAGGUGGAGAUUUUACUUACUUGUUCUUUUUUGCUGGACAUCGGUGGCUCGACGGUGGUACCCUUUUAUCUCACGAGCAGCGGGCGAGGUGACAAAGGUCAGGUAAUCUGUGCAACCGUGGACAAAAAGCGAAAUGUGUUAAACACAUGUCGCUUCCUCACAUGACUGAGCUGUCCAAAGAAGUGACACGAACCGAUUCUUUACGUGGUUCUGCACUACUUUUAGCUUGCUGUCGAAUUUGUGUUUUGUGAGGUCAUCUAAUGAAAUUUGCAGUCAUGUACAUGUGUUGGCCCCAAGAAACUUCCUAAGCAAGCGAAACAUAUUUUUGUAUACUCUUGUUCAUCCUUGACCUUUGGGCUAUUAUAUACAUAGCUCUUCUUUGGGCCGGAGUGGAGUUUGUCUCAAUUCUAAGGGGCAUUUUACAUAUAACCUUUCUGAUUAGGGUAUGGCAUACCUUGGAGCAUACCCGUUGACGACUGCAAAUUCUGCUUUACGUAAUUUUAUACCAUAUCAUCCUACUGAAGGUGGGAUGGGAACUGAAGGCCUGGUGCUUUAAAUGUACAUAAAAGUGUGUGACAUUUCAGUUUGUACGGGGCAGGCACUUCUCAAUCAACCAGGCAUUGGUUGAACCUCGAUUUGUUUUAGUGUCGUUGUGGGUGUGGAAAUAAAUAUUUUUUUUGGGUGAGUGCUUGGAUUUCUGUAUAACAAGUUUUACAUGCCUCACAGUGUGAGGGGCUCAUUCUUUUAGCAAUGCCAGAAUUUUUACACUGUUUGAUACACCUUUGAUGUGGAAGUGUUUUAAUUGGAAAUAUGACAUUAAAUUUUGUCUGUGGUUCUCCCUGAA